UUCUUGUUGGGAUUUUCAACAUAGAGAUCUUGUCGUCCCGAAACCCAUUAUUGCAUAUACUCUAAAAUUUCUUUUGCCGUUUCCAUUUCUUGUCCAUUUUACUUCCCAACUUACUCGACGAGAUUCCUUGUCGGUUGUCACUAACUAACUAACACAACGUUGUUGUCUUGUUUUCUAACCAUUUUGAGCCUUGGUUGACUUUCAGUUUUCCAACCUUAGUAAUAUUCCUUUUUCUCCCCUAAAUCAAAAACCAACAAUCUUACUUCAUUACUUACAACUCUGGGGAUAAUGUUCCUUCCCACUUCCCUUUUCUCUCUGUGAACUGUUAUCGGUUUGUUUCUUCUUCUUCUUCAUUAACUGUGAUUUUUCAUGUGAUAUGUCUAAUGUACUUGAACCUACCUCUGAUUUCAGCUUUCAACAUUAAUUUCUAAAAAUGUUUGGAUUCUCUCGUAAGCACAAGAAACUUGGAAGAGUGAAGAAGGUUCAACUUUCUGACUCUACACAUGGAACUAGAACUCCUAUUAGGCACCCUAAACGAAAUGGAAACUCUAAUGGUGACGGAGUUGCCGGGACUAGUGGUCAUUCUUCUUCUUCUUCUGAGGAAAUUGAUUGUGGAAUUUCUUCUGCUGCACCUGAGAUAAGUAAUUGUGCAUCAGGUAGUUCAGAGAAUUGGAUGGUGUUGUCAAUUGCAGGAGAUAAGCCCGUUCCUAGAUCCUAUCAUGCAGCAUGUGUUAUUGAGAAUAAGAUGAUUGCGGUUGGUGGUGAAUCUGGGAAUGGAUUGUUAGACGACGUGCAGGUUCUAAAUUUUGACACAUUUUCAUGGACCACAGUGUCGUCCAAGCUAUACUUGUCACCAAGUAGUCUUCCGUUACAGAUUCCAGCUUGCAAGGGUCAUUGUUUGGUUUCUUGGGGAAAAAAAGCACUCCUCGUUGGAGGGAAAACAGACCCUGGAAGCGACAAAAUUUCUGUAUGGGCGUUUGACACAGAGACCGAGUGCUGGUCGCUCAUGGAACCAAAGGGAGACAUACCGAAUGCUCGCAGUGGUCAUACAGUUGUUAGGGCUAACAGUACUUUGAUAUUGUUUGGGGGAGAAGAUUGCAAAAAGAGGAAAUUGAAUGAUCUACAUAUGUUUGAUCUCAAGUCCUUGACAUGGCUUCCACUUCAUUGCACAGGCACAACACCUUCUCCGAGAUGCAACCACGUUGCAUCUCUUUACAAUGGUAAAAUUCUUUUUCUAUUCGGAGGAGCAUCAAAAUCUAGGACCUUGAAUGACUUGUACUCACUCGACUUUGAAACGAUGGCAUGGUCAAGAAUAAAGGCGCGCGGUUUCCAUCCAUCACCAAGAGCUGGUUGCUGUGGUGUUUUAUGCGGCACUAAGUGGUAUAUUGCAGGUGGUGGAAGCAGGAAAAAACGACAUGGAGAGACUUUGAUAUAUGAUAUUAAAAAAAGCGAAUGGUUUCUAGAAAUUGCAUCUCCUCCUUCUUCUAUCACUACCAACAAGGGAUUUAGCUUGGUUCUUGUGCAGCACAAGGAAAAUGACUUUCUGGUUGCAUUUGGGGGAUUGAAAAAAGAGGCAUCGAAUCAGGUGGAAGUGUUGAAAACAGAAAAAAACGAAUCUGCUUCCAGAAGACAACCGACGACCACCAAAGGUUCAGGAUCUAUACUUGAAAAACAUUCAUCAUCCACUCAACAUAGAAAUGACUCUUCCCAGCGUUUCAUCGACUCUAUUGUUAGACAAAAUCUAGUAUCUGCAAUUGAACAUGGUUCUGAAAGGAAAUCUCUGUCAGAAGCUCGGUCUGUACAAGAUUCUGGUUCUCUCUCUACCAUCAUCUCCCUUCACAGUCAAUUUGAUCCUGAUUUAGAAUUCAAUGUAGAUGAUAGGGGUGACAGGCAUUCAGAAGAUGAACGUUCUUUCCCUCAAGUAGCAGAUCAAAGAACAAAUCAAAAUGACCAUGGACAUCAGAUGAACACAAGAGGAGCCAAUAUCAACAUGGAGGAACAGGUUUUAUCAUCUGGAGAUUUGAUUCAGAAAAAUCUAGGUUAUGGAAAUUCCAUGAUAGAUAGUGAUCACGAGUCGUUCCAUGAAAACGUUAAGUCAGGAACACUAUCUACUGCUUCGAAUAUAUACAAUCAUUAUGAAACUAAACUGUCCUCCCUAACAAGAAAAUUUGGCAUUCUGGAGGCACAAUUAGCUACUUCAUUAGAAAGCAAAGAAACUGCUGAGAAAAAUUUAGCGUCCGCAUUUGAAAGCAAGCAAGAGACGGAUAAGAAAAUGGCCGACACGCUAAAGGAGAUUGAAUUGCUGAGAGAGAAGCUGGUUGGUGCAGAGUUAGCUCAAGAAGAGGCUAACAACCUGUCUAACAUAGUUCAUUCUGACAAUGUAAGGCUCGAACAUGACGUGGCUUUCCUCAAGGCUGUUUUAGAUGAUACACAAAAGGAAUUGCACUCUACAAGAGGAGUUCUUGCAGGAGAAAGAGCCAGGACAUUCCAGUUACAGGUUGAAGUUUUUCACCUCAAACAGAGACUGCAGUCGAUGGAAAAUCGAGCACCUACUCGAAGGAAACCUUUUCAUGUGUAGUGAGGUGUCCUCAACGGUCAAAUAUAACAAUCAAUUUCUGCAAAACAAAAAUGAACAGACAAAGCUUCUGUAAGGGAAGUGCAUUUUGAGGAUGGUAUUUUGAGAAAUAGAAUGUUUAUUUGAUACAAUAUAAAAUGUAUUUAUAUAAAAGUGUAAAUUUGAAAUGAUUUAUUUAAUUGUAAAAUAAAAAAUAAUUAUAUAAACUCAAUUGUAUUAUGGA